CCUGACCCACACAUCUUUGACCCGGCGUCCGGUUCCGGAUCGCCUCUGACAGCAUACCGGAAUCUCAUCCGUUACAGGAGCAGAGCUUUCUGAUAGUCAGUAUCAAAAUGGGCAAGGCAGUGUUGGGAACAUGGUUAAAAGGGGAGACAUCGCAUGACUGCGUCUAGACCAAAUCGUAUCACUAACAAUGGCGUCAACAAUCAACAUCUUAACUCCCAAUGCUAUGCUUGGCUACGGCUAUCGUCGUGAUCAUUUUUGGUAUGGCGUUGAUACAUACUCACCUCACGCUAUCAUCGUGGACUCAGGCUCGACGGAUGGUGGACCGUACAAGUUGGGGAUGAAUAGGAUGACAUGCGGAAGAGAUGCAUACGUACGGGACUUGACGCCAAUACUCGAAGCUUGCUAUUAUCGAAAGAUCCAGGUCUUGAUCAGUUCCGCUGGAGGAGAUGGCAGUAACAGUCAUGUUGACGAACUUCUUGGCAUUGUUAAGGAGAUUCUUGUUGCGAACAACUUUUCUCUUCGGAUUGCAACAAUCAAGCAAGAGAUAUCGCGAUCUUUUAUCAAACAGAGGAUCACGGAUGGAAAAUGCUCUCCAUGCGGCCCGGUAGAGGACUUGACAACGGAUGAAGUCGAUGCAGCCGUAGAGAUCGUUGCGCAGAUGGGAGCCGAGCCUUUUAUGGAAGCCCUAAAGCUUAGUCCCGACAUCAUUAUAUCUGGACGGGCAUAUGAUCCUGCCCCUUUCGCUGCCUUCUGCAUGAACAAUGGUAUUGAGGCUCCUGUUGCAUGGCACAUGGGCAAGAUUCUAGAAUGCGGUGGAAUCUGUGCAGUACCAAAAGGUCGGUCCAUGAUAGCAAAGAUGAGUAAAUCCUCCUUCGAGCUGAUACCCUUGUCUCCAUUGGAGCGGUGCACUCCUCUAUCCGUAGCGGCGCAUUCUCUAUAUGAAAAGACAAGACCAGAUAGACUACCUGGUCCAGGUGGCGCUCUCAUAUUGGACAACGCUAGCUACAUGCAACUUGAAGACGAUAGAACCAUCCGGGUCUCGGGAUCUCGCUUCGUACCCACUCCUGUCUAUCAAAUAAAGCUCGAAGGAGUUCGCCAACUGGGUUAUCGUACGAUUUUCAUCGGCGGAGUUCGGGAUCCCAUCUUGAUCAGUCAGAUCGAUGACUACCUAGAAAAAGUCAGAGACUACUCGAAAGGCUUAUUUCCUGAGCUUGAUACAUCCGAAAAAUGCCGCCUCAUCUAUCACGUGUACGGAAAGAACGCAGUUAUGGGUCCGCUCGAGAAGCAAUGCACUCCAGAUGUUCACGAGCUUGGUAUCAUGGGCGAAGUUGUUGCUGAAACACAAGAGCGAUCGCACGCAAUCGCCAACAACGUACGAACAUCACUGUUGCAUAUGCCCUACGAGGGACAACUUGCGACAACCGGUAACUUUGCCUCUCCGCUAUCACCCCACGAACAGGCCGCUGGUGGAGUGUUCAAAUUCAACAUAUAUCAUCUUAUUGAUUUAUCAGAGAAUGAGCAGAUUAGCUUGUUUCCUAUAUCGUUGCAUGAGGUCAAGUCUGAAGGGAAAGCGAAGCCUGAACCAACGUGGUUGACGAAUGAUGAACUACUCGUUUUCAAAACCACAAAACCUGUAGCAAUGUCAAAGAUUUCUGUACCCAAGAUCGCAGCUCCGAUGAAGCAGAUCGCCAAAAUCAUUCGAUCUAAAAACAGUGGACCGUUCGAGCUUACUCUGGACAUCAUGUUCGACCAACGUGAAGCCUUCGAGCGAGUGCGUAGAGCAGACGUAUUGACGAACAGUGUCAUCAGAGAUCUAUAUCAAGUCAAAGACGAGCACAUUAUUACGAAUAUGUACUUCGAACCGGCACUGGCGUGGAAGUGUACCCUAAAGCGGCCAUGGGCACAGGGAAGUGUGGGGGAGAGGGAUACGUUAGGCACUCAGCAGCAUGCGCCACUGUUGGAUAUUGUAGUGCCUGCAUUGUAGCGGCCAUACUGUUCAAUGGAAUUGUGGUGCAGAAUCGACUUGGACAUCAAGGGUUAUUUGCUUAAGAUUCCUUUGCCACCUCGUACCACCCUA